GAAACUACGUUUCCCGACCAAGAUAUCAUUGAAUGAAAUCGGCCCUUGAUAAGCUCAACCUGCCUAUGGGGGCGUUAUUCACAAUCAGUGUCAAAUUUCAUGGGCGUGAUACAUGUACCCAUUUCACACUUCUCUGUGGCUCAUCGUCAGAUUUAUUAAACUCUUGUUACGCCUUCAAUCCACGUUGUGUUGGCCGACUCUUGAGCCAUGACGAGGUUGCUGGUGUUGGGGUUCAUCUUGUUAGCAAUUAAUAAUACAAUACAAUUCUCAGUUGACAAAUACUCGCAGUGUCCCGAGGAUCGAGUGAAGAAUCGUUCGAUGACUUUACAACUAAGAAAACAUUUAUUUUGCGACUACGAUAAUUACGUCCGUCCAUCCCUUCACCAAGAUAAUGCUACGAAGGUGUACUUGGAACUCAUCCCAAAGUUCAUCGAAUUCGACGAUCAUGCAAAUACCCUCGUACUCCACGCUUGGAUGGCAUUGAUUUGGACGGACGAGCAUCUCAGUUGGAAUAUAUCAAAAUUUGGCAAUCUCAACUCACUUCAGGUGUCCAGUGACGAACUUUGGAUACCUCAUUUAUAUGUUUACAACUCCGGGAACUUAGACCGUGAACAGUAUGGGAUACCAAAAACUGAUUGUGUACUACAUAGCAGUGGACGUGUAGCUUGUGUCCCGGCACUGAAAUACACGUCACACUGCAUAGCAAAUUAUCAGCACUGGCCCUUUGACAGUCAUAACUGUACCCUUUAUCUUGGCUCCUGGUCUCACACAGGGGAAGAGAUAGAUUAUAGCUUUAUCCAUCGCGGGGUGAUUCAAAUGCCCGAUUUUACCCCUAAUCCACAAUGGAAACUAUUGUCAAUAAGCGCUCAGAAAAAAGUUGAAAGGUUUGAGGCAAUGAAUUACACAUUCCCCAGAUUGGUUUUUAAUGUCGUUGUUGAACGGCAUUCAACUUUCAUGCAGACUACCAUCCUUGCUCCUGCAAUUGUACUAAUCGUCUUGACCAUGAUGGUACUGUGGCUAAAUCCAAUGACCAGUGAACGAAUGGUAUUGGCUGCCCUCAAUUUGAUCUGUCAUUUACUCUGCAUCAUCGAUGUUAACUGGCAGGUUCCUUUCAACGGUGACACUUUACCCUCGAUAUGUAAGACAUACUAUGUGCAAUUAUUUCCAGAUAAUUGUUCGUACCAACCAAUGGUCGGGGAAUUAGGUGACAUGUAUUAA